AUGAAGAUCAAGUGUAGAAUAAAUGGAGAAGAACUUCAAGAAUUCGACGAGAGGAAUGCUAUAUUGAUGGAUCAUAUAGGGGAUAAUUUGGUACAGGAACUGAAGAAAGAAUUUGAACUUGAUGGAUUCGAGUCUCACUGCCUCCUAGGAGAAGACCUCCCUGAUGAACAAUUGGAGCAGUUUUGUGAUUUGAUAGAAGAAGGACUAGGCGAAUUAUACAUCCGUCAUAAAGGGGAAGACUGGAAGCUGGAAAAGGAAUUCGAAUUGACAGAACCGGGAUUAGCAGUGGUAUGGUUUACAGAAAAAGCCUCGGAUGACUUGGUUGGGUUUCUUGCGUUCAAAGUUUGUUUAGACGAUGAGGACAAAUUAGUUUUGUACUUGUAUGAAAUUCACAUAUCCGAGGCAUUCAAAGGCAUGGGCCGUGGAAGUUCCUUAAUCAAACAAUUUCAUGACUUUUGUGUGCUUCUACAUUCUUCACACAAUCCGCUAUAUAAGCAUCUACAAGGAACUUCUCUAACUGUGUUUGCCGAAAAUUCAAGGGCCCACCAAUGGUACACAAGUUUAGGUUAUUCUUUGACCAAGGGUUCGCCCAGGGAUAAAGUUUUGAGAAGCGGUAAAGUGAUUAAACCUGCUUAUUAUCUAAUGAGAAGGAAACUCAAAAGAGAGUAA